GACCACCAAUUACAUAUCCAACAACCCCGAAGCAUCCUCAAUCCACCAAAAUGAAACUCGCCAUCCUCGACGACUACCAAUCCAUCUCCCGGGCGUCCUUCGAGCCCCUCCGCCCCCGCCUCACCACAAUAUCCUACUACCCAGACACGCUCAACCCAGCCGACCCAUCACAACAAGACGAACUGAUCGCACGUCUCGAGCCCUACGACAUCAUCAUGACCAUGCGCGAACGCACCCCAUUCGCAGCAUCCACGCUCUCGCGCCUCCCAAACCUCAAGCUCCUCCUCACGACCGGCGCCCGCAACCUCGCCCUCGACGCCGAGUUCGCCGCCUCCCGCGGCGUCGCGGUCGCGGGGACCCUUGCGCGCCCCAUUGGCGUGCACUCUACCGUGCAGCAUACCUGGGCGCUGGUCCUGGCGCUGGCGAGGGGUGUUGCGCGCGACGACGCGGCGGUGAAGCGCGGGGAGUGGCAGGGAAAUGAGUUGGGGAUUUCGCUGGCGGGAAAGACGCUGGGGGUGCUUGGGUUGGGGAAGUUGGGGACGGGGGUGGUGAAGAUUGCGAAGUUGGCGUUUGGGAUGGAUGUUAUUGCUUGGUCGACGAAUUUGACGCAGGAGAGGGCGGAUGAGGUGGCUAGGGAGGAGGGGUUGGAGGGGGGAAGUAUCAAGGUGGCGGGGAGUAAGAGGGAGUUCUUUGAGACGGCGGAUGUGGUGAGUGUGCAUAGUGUUUUGUCGGAGAGGAGUCGCGGGAUUGUUGGGCCGGAGGAGCUGAAGGCGAUGAAGAAGACUGCGCUGUUGGUGAAUACGUCGAGGGGGCCGUUGGUGGAUCAGGAUGCGUUGUUGGAGACGCUGAAUCGUGGUGGGAUUCGCGGGGUGGCGCUGGAUGUGUUUGAGACGGAGCCCUUGCCGAAGGAUAGUCCGUGGAGGACUACAAGAUGGGGAGAGGAUGGUAGAUCUCAGGUUUUAUUGACACCGCAUACUGGGUAUCUGGAUGAGCAGAUUCAUGGCUGGUACAAGGAAGCGGCGGAAAACCUGGAGAAGUGGUUAGACGGGAAGGAGCUGAGUGUUAGACUGAAUUAGACCGAAUGAGUCAGGUAGUCUACAUAUCAAAUGUUAGGGGAAAACCAAUACAAUAAGGACUGCAUUGCAUGGGAGCGAGAACCGAGCCGACGAUCUUCGAGCCAAGCAUGCGUGAUCCACCAACGGCCACGAACUCCGAUUGUCAUACCUCGGAGUUACACAAAGAGCUGGACCUAGCAUGACAAGACACGUUAUCUGGUG